GUGAAUGGUCUCCGUGGUCAGCAUGUUCUGUAACAUGUGAUGGUGGUAUUCAACAACGAAGUAGAAAUUGUGAAAACCCAUUGACUGGAGAGAUCAGCGUUGAAUGUGAAGGUCCUGAUGUCGAAAAUAGACAAUGUAAUACUGAACCAUGUGCAGAAACCUGCCCUGAUGAUAAAGUAUACGUAGACAAUUGCGAAGACAUUCCAGCAUGUCCUGCAACCUGUGACGACAUUUCCAAAGUAACAACGUGCGUGAACCCAGAUGUCUGUGUUCCAGGUUGUCAUUGUCCUUUAGAUACCUUUGAGCAAGAUGGGGAAUGUGUUGAUAGGACUGAUUGUAAAUGCCCUUUCGAUAUGAGUGCAUUUGAAGGAGUAACUAUUGUAUUUGAAAGAUUAGUUGAAACAACAGUUGUGUCUCCUGCGCCAACACCAUCUGCACCCGGACCAGGAGAACCAGGUGGACCAGGAGGUCCACAAGGUCCAGGUGGACCAGGAGGGCCAUAUGGGCCUGGUGGUCCAGGCGGACCUGGAGGACCCAAUGGACCAGGGGGACCUGGUGGACCUACACUUUCACCAAAUGAUGUUGGUGGACCUGGACAGCCACUUGGACCUGGUGGACCAGGUGGUCCAGGAGGACCAG